CUAUCCCAACAAAAAUCCCGCCAGCUGCAGCAUCACACAGCCACAGACAGUACCUCCCGGCUCAGGGAUCGUUAAACGGUCGCUUGACUCAUCGUCCCAUUCUAUUAAGCCAGACAAGGCACGGAAGAUGUCUGGUCAGAGCCCUCCCUCUCAGGCGGACGAGUUCUGGCUAUUUGGAUACGGAAGCCUGAUCUGGAAACCUCCACCGCAUUUUGACAGAAGAAUUCCGGGCUGGGUGACCGGCUAUGUCCGGAGGUUUUGGCAAGCAAGCGAAGACCACCGGGGCACUCCACAAGCCCCGGGGCGAGUCGUGACCCUUAUCUCACGCUCGUACUGGGAUCAGUUGACCGACCACCAUGAUUCAGCUCCCGAAAAGGUCUGGGGGGUUGCCUACCGCAUCAAGCCCGAUCGCGUCGCCGAAGUGAAGGAGUACCUAGACAUCCGCGAGAUCAACGGGUACACGAUCCACUACACCCCUUUCCACCCGGCGCCCGGUGUCGACCCGGCCCUGCUGCCACAGCACUGUCCCUUCCAGACGCUGGUCUACAUCGGAACGCCGGACAACGAGCAAUUCGUCGGACCACAGGACCCGCAGAAGCUGGCCGAGCACAUCUACCGCAGUGAAGGCCCCAGCGGUCUGAAUCGGGACUACUUGUGGGGGCUGGAGCGGGCUCUGGAUGAGCUCAGCCCGGACAGCGGGGACGAGCACGUCACGGAUCUAUCGACCCGGGUCCGGGCGCUUGCGGCUCGGGAGGAGGAGAAGAUGAAGAAGACUGGCGAAAUCCGAACUGAGAAAGAAGGAAUCCUGCGUCCGCUGUAUCCUGUCAGCGUCAGUCCGGAAUGGGUGCUAGAGCGGGAGCGGCAACAUCAUGGGCAGCAUCACGACUUCAGGAAAGUCAGCAGCAUAGAUGAACAAGAAGAGACAGAGAAGACUUCGUGAGGAAGCGGAGAUGGAAAGAAGCAUUUCAACAAGAAA